UUUCUGUUUUUUUUUCUUCCUGCGCAGGUACGAAGACAGAAUGUGAGGCCAGCCAGUUUCAGUGUGGAAACGGUCGCUGCAUCCCGUCCAUCUGGCAGUGUGACGGAGACGAGGACUGCACCGACGGCAGCGACGAGGACUCCUGUGUUAAGAAGAUGUGUGAAGAGUUGGACUUCGUGUGUCAAAACGGCCAGUGUGUCCCGAAGAGGUGGCACUGUGACGGGGAGCCGGACUGCGAGGACGGGUCGGACGAGAGUCUGGAAAUCUGCCACAUGAGGACGUGUCGAGUGAACGAGUUCAGCUGCGGCGCCGGCUCCACCCAGUGCAUCCCCAUGUUCUGGAAAUGUGACGGAGAGAAGGACUGUGACAAUGGAGAGGAAGAGGUCAACUGUGGCAACAUCACCUGUGCUCCCAACGAGUUCACGUGCGCCAGCGGCCGCUGCAUCUCGAGGAACUUCGUGUGUAACGGCGAGGACGAAUGCGGCGACGGCUCCGACGAGGUGGAGUGUGCGCCGUCCUCCUGCGGUCCCAGCGAGUUCCAGUGUGGGAACUCCUCGUGCAUCCCUGCCAGCUGGGUGUGUGACGACGACGUGGACUGUCAGGACCAGUCUGACGAGUCUCCGUCUCGUUGCGGCCAUCACCCGACGCCUCCGGCCAAAUGUUCAUCCAGCGAGAUGCAGUGUCGCUCAGGGGAGUGUAUCCACAAGAAGUGGAGGUGUGACGGAGACCCCGACUGCAAAGACGGCAGCGAUGAGGCGAACUGUCCUGUACGCACAUGUGGAUCGGAUCAGUUCAAGUGCGAUGAUGGAAACUGCAUCAUGGGCAGCCGACAGUGUAAUGGUGUCCGAGACUGCACCGAUGGAUCAGAUGAAGUCAACUGCAAAAACAUGACCCAGUGUAACGGACCAGACAAGUUCAAGUGUCGCAGCGGAGAGUGUAUCGAGAUGAACAAGGUCUGCAACAAGGCCCGAGACUGUCCCGACUGGAGUGACGAGCCCAUCAAGGAGUGCAGUGUAAACGAGUGUCUCAUGAAUAACGGCGGCUGCUCACACAUCUGUAAAGACAUGGUGAUCGGCUUCGAGUGCGACUGCUCACCUGGGCUGCAGCUCAUCGACCACAAGACCUGCGGAGACAUUAACGAGUGUCUGAACCCCGGCAUCUGCAGUCAGAUCUGCAUCAACCUGAAGGGAGGGUACAAGUGCGAGUGCCACAACGGCUACCAGAUGGACCCGACCACCGGAGUCUGCAAGGCUGUGGGUAAGGAGCCCUGCCUCAUCUUCACUAACCGUCGAGACAUCCGUCGCCUGGGUCUGGAGAGGAAGGAGUACACCCAGAUUGUGGAGCAGCAGAGAAACACGGUGGCUCUGGACGCAGACUUUGACCAGCAGACGAUCUUCUGGGCCGACCUCGGCCACAAGGCCAUAUACAGCACCAUGCUGGACAAACGAGGGGACGUCGGCACCCACAACAAGGUGAUCGACAACAUCCAGGCUCCCGUGGGGAUCGCCGUGGACUGGAUCUAUAAGAACCUGUACUGGUCUGAUCUCAGCACCAAAACCAUCUCGGUUUCCAACUUCAACGGAACCAAACAGAAAGUUCUGUUCAGCAGAGGCCUCAAAGAGCCGGCGUCCAUCGCCGUGGAUCCUCUGUCCGGGUUUCUUUACUGGUCUGACUGGGGCGAACCUGCCAAGAUUGAGAAGUCUGGAAUGAACGGGGUGGACAGACAGGUUCUGGUGGCGACCGACAUUCAGUGGCCUAACGGAAUCACUCUGGAUCUGAUCAAAGGCCGGUUGUACUGGGUCGACUCGAAGCUGCACAUGCUCUGCAGCGUCGACCUGAACGGAGACAACAGGAAGAAGAUCCUGCAGUCCUCAGACUACCUGGCUCAUCCCUUCGCUCUCACUGUUUUUGAGGACCGAGUUUUCUGGACAGACGGAGAAAACGAAGCCAUCUACGGCGCCAACAAGUUCACCGGCUCCGACGUGGUGACGCUGGCCAGCAACCUGAACGACCCCCAGGACAUCAUCGUCUAUCACGAGCUCAUCCAGCUGUCAGGUACGAACUGGUGCGUAGAGAAAGGAGCGAACGGAGGCUGCAGCUACAUGUGUCUGCCUGCACCGCAAAUCAACAAGCACUCGCCCAAAUACACCUGUGUGUGUCCCGAGGGGCAGGAGCUGGCUGCCGACGGUUUACGCUGCCGACCCGAAGCCAACGUGAGCACGUCGAUCCAGUUGAACUCCACAGCCAGAGGUUCUGCAGCAGCCUGGGCCAUCCUGCCCGUCUUGCUGCUGGCGAUGGCGGCGGCGGGCGGAUACCUGAUGUGGAGAAACUGGCAGCUGAAGAACCAGAAGAGCAUGAACUUUGACAACCCCGUCUACCUGAAGACCACAGAAGAAGACCUCAACAUCGAUAUCACCCGGCACGGCGCCAACGUGGGACACACCUACCCUGCGAUUUCCAUAGUGAGCACAGAAGAUGAUUUGUCCUGAUCGUCUUUGGGUUUUUUUCGUUUUUGUCUUUUGUCUUUUUCUGUUUUUACGGCAGCCCGUAGCGUUGCAUGGCGCCUCCUUGUUCCCAUGCCGACGGUUGUCUGUAGCAGCCCGUACAGUCCGACCACAUGCCUUCUGAAGUGCAUUAUGUCAUAAUCUGUGCUGAGGGUGACCGGUGGAAAAGUUACUAAUGUGAAUACAGCGAUGAAUCAUGACGGAUUUCACUCAGUGCUACGUUUUGGUUUUUUUUUUGUUACGUUUUUUUUCGGACCUUGGACGACUUCCUGUCGAUUUUUUUGCCCCCGUGCUCUUAAAGGAGUCCGACGCCAUCUUGCCAACGACAGACGAGAGAGACUCUUUGCCUCUUUAACGAGGAUUUCUGUGCUCGGGCUGAAGUGGU